CUUCAGCGGUGUCCUCUUCACCACCAACAAGACAUGGGACAGCGGCACCGCUCACCUCUACCGCCCAGGUACCCCCGGGGGGGUUCACUGCUGCGCCCACACUGCAGGCAGAGAUGGGUCCCUGCACCCCCAGCAAUGGGGGGCAGCGAACAUCAGUGCUGUUGCAGUGGGCUGCGAGGCAGGGGAGGGAUGCUGGGGGUACCUGGGGUCCUGCCCAGCCCUGCUUUGCCCUGCCCAGCGCACGAGGUGCUGGCCAGCCUGCCCCUCCAGAUGAUGCUCUACUUCAACGCCCACUACUUCCCCUGCUGGUGCCUGGCCGAGGGCAUGAUGCUGCAGCUGAAGGUACCCUCAGCUUUCCAGGCAGGGAAUGUUACACGGGGAGGGCAGAGUGGGCAGGGCUGGGGACCAGCGUGGAACUGGGAGGGACGAGGCUGUGCCCCGUUACAGUACAACCUGCUGCCUCGCUACUACCAGCUCCUCCUGCUCGCUGCCUUCCUCAUCCUCACACUGGCUGAAGCAGCUCGGCUCUACCUGGGCUACAUUGGGAACCUGCAGGAGAAGGUGCCCGAGCUUGCUGGGUUCCUUCUCCUUUCCAUCCUCAUCCAGCUGCCCCUCCUGCUGUUCCUGCUCACGGACCACCUCACCCUCCCCCUGCCGCUGGAGCUGGCCGUGCACAGCCUUCUCCUGGCCUUCCUCGUCUGUGAGGUGGUGGCCGCCUUCCUGGCGCUGCGGGCGAUGAGCAGGCAGCUGGCGGCUCAGUUCUACCUGCGGCAGUUCAAGGUGGGCAGCCGGGGUGAUGCUGCGGGACCCGACCCACCCCGCAGAGCCCAACAACAUUAAACAGCAGCUGACCCCCCCUGCGCUUCUGAGCACUUAUUCUGAGCCAAGCAGCUCUGGGGCUCAUGGGGUUCCCUGAGCUCUGCCAUCAAUAAAGGGGG